AUGGGAAGCAACUAUAUAAAGCCACAGAAGAAGUACAUUUCAAAAGGCUUGGUCAUGAAGAAUCUGGGCCUUCGGGAAAAGGAAUUCGACAAGCUUGUGGCAUUGUGUGGGGUCUAUCCAUACAUUCCGAAGGACAACAGGAAGGUCGACCAAGGAGAUGGGUUCUACUAUCGGAUAUCGGAUGCUAACAGGCUUGCCCACUCCGAUGUCUACAGGACUCUGGUCAAAAACAAGAGGCUUGAAGAGAAAAAGAAAAGGUAUAGUGGAACGGGGUUCGAGUACAAGAUCAGGAAUAUUUGCGAUGAGGAGUACGGGUAUGUAGACUUGAUCAAGAGCAGAUUCAAAGGACUGGGAGAGGCGGUGGACGAACUGAACUACACACUGAGUAGCCUGUACUUGGGGAGAAUGCUUGAGCUGGACGAUAGGAUAGCAGAGGUCGUUGAGAUGUUUGAGGAUUUUGUUAGGAGAAGGUCUCUGCUUGAAUACUCGUACAUGUCUAAAGCAGGGGUUUACAACCAGAUAACCCUCGGGAGGAUAAAAGUCGUUUGGUUUGUUCCAUAUCCGGGUGUGUCGCUGAAGGAGAUAGUCGAGGAGAAGAAGGACAUGCCACAGAAGUUUGAGUGGAGCGAGCCUAACUUCCUGGACUUUGUGUCCUCUUCUGAAGAGGAGUCGUCCUCGGAGUCAAGUGAAAUGGAGGCUGUUUGCAACGAUCCCGGAAAGAUAGACGUUUCUCUUCUGUCGCAUUCUAUCCCCCUUCUCAUGGUACACUGUAGACUGGUCCUCUACAAAAUGGAGAUGGUGUAUAAGCCGUGUAGUAGUCUGAAGGGAAUAUUUUCCGGGGUCAAGUUCUACAUUGAAAGCGACGUAGUUGGAGAUAGCCUGAGACUUAUUGCACUGAGCUGUGGAGGAAGUGUGGUUGGGAGUCCAUGCGAAGCAGAUAUCCAUGUCUCGGAAAAGGUCGAUGAAAUGGUAGAGAAUGUAACGUAUGUCCAGCCGCAGUACUUAUUUGACUCGCUGAACCAGGGAAAAAGGGCGUGUGUCGAGAACUAUUGCGUGGGAAAAAGGCUCCCCAGGCAUGCUUCUCCGUUUGCUUCUGUAGAUAGCAUUAUUCCAAGGGAAAGCCUUAUGACGAUGUCAAAGACCCAAAGACACAGAAUAGAGGAUUUGGUGAACCGUUUUGAGGAUGUUAGAUAUGAACACUAG